AUGCAGGCGCGAGUCCGCAAGCUCCUCCCAGAGUACAAGCAACGGUACGUCGACGCCAAUCCCAAGUCUGCAGAUUCGUUCUGUCGCGCCUCGGCCUCUCUUGCGGGCGGCAACACGCGAUCUGUGCUGCACUAUGAUCCUUUUCCCAUGGUUCUGGUCGCGGGAAGAGAGUGUUUAGUCACAUCGGAAGACGGACGGGAGUAUGUCGACUUCGUGUCCGAGUACUCUGCCUGCAUGCUCGGCCACUCACAUCCCGCGGUGGCCGAGGCAGUCCAGGCCCUCAUGACAAGGGGCAUCAACCUCGGCGGGCCGAGCAAGGAGGAGCAGGUUUUGGCCGCGCUCUUGACGGAUCGCAUCCCCUCCAUGCAGAGGAUUCGCUUCUGCAACUCAGGCACCGAGGCAAACACCAUGGCCCUUACUCUUGCCCGGCACCACACUGGUCGCCAAAAGAUCCUCGCCUUCGAGAACGGAUACCACGGCGGGUUUAUCGGCUUCGACAGCGGCGUGCUGCCGACGACGCUGCCCUUCGACUUUGUACUGGCGCGGUACGACGACGCAGCUCACGCGCGCGAGCUCGUCGACGACUCAUUCGCCGCCAUCAUCGUCGAGCCUAUGCAGGGCGUCGGCGGCAUGAUACCCGCCUCCCGCAUCUUUCUGCAGACGCUGCGCGAGGUUGCUGACGCGACCGGCGCCGUGCUGAUCUUUGACGAGGUGGUCACCUCGCGCCUGCACUACAAUGCCCUCCAGUCCCACCACGGCGUCUUCCCGGACCUCACAACCAUUGGGAAGUUCUGGGGUGGCGGUUUCUCAUUCGGCGCCUUUGGAGGCAAAACCCAUAUCAUGGCGGCCAUGGACCCCCAAGGUGCCGGUGAUUCCGCCCACAGCCCACGGCAGCGCCUGAGCCACUCGGGGACCUUCAACAACAACGCAUUCAGCAUGACGGCCGGGGCCGUUGCGUGCCGACUCAUCACGCGUGAGGCUAUUGCCAAGGCCAACUCGCUGGGCCACCGGCUGCGGGAGGGCAUCACGGCCGCCGGCAGGAGCGCAGAGCCAUCCCCCUGGGUGUGGGCCACCGGCUUCGGCAGCAUAUUGAAUGUGCACUUUGGGGGACCUGCCGCAGCCCAGCUUCGAGAUCUUUUCUUCUUCUUCAUGCUGGAUCGGGGCUUCUACGUAUCCCGCCGUGGCUUGAUUGCGCUCAACUUGAUGCAUACCGACCACCACGUGAGCCAGAUCCUUGAUGCAGUGCGCGCUUUUGUUGAAGAAGUCGUUCGGACAGCAACGUAG